GGUUCAUCUCCACGCCGACUGUUUCUCGACUGACAUCGGAUGAAGUAAUUCAGAUGCGUAAUGAGCUCUUUACCAAAGAGAAAGAGAGACAGUUGUCUCUGUAUCCACGAAUUGAGAAAAUCGAAGUAAAAUACACUGGGAAAUCUCACCCUGGCAGUGUGUUUGUAAUGAACAAAGCUUUGUCUACACCAUACAAUUGUGCCAUGCACUUAAGUGAAUGGCAUUGCAGGAAAUCCGUUCUAGCUCUUGUGGAUGGUGAAGUCUGGGAUAUAUAUAGACCUUUGACCAAAUCAUGUGAAAUUCAGUUCCUUACUUUCAAAGAUGAGGAUCCAGAGGAAGUAAACAAGGCCUAUUGGCGUUCCUGUGCCAUGAUCAUGGCAUGUGUGUUAAAGCGGGCAUUCAAAGAUGAGUACUCAGUGACUCUGACUAGAGCUCUGGCAGUGCCAGUGAUCUCUGGAGCUUUCUGUUAUGAUGUAAUUUUGGACCAUAGACUGAAUGACUGGAAACCAACAAACGACAACUUCCAUUCUCUUACAAGGGAUGCCAGAAAGCUAAUUCAUAAAGACCUGCCAUUUGAACCACUGCAUGUUGAAGCAAAAGUAGCACGUGAAAUGUUUCAACAUAACAGAUACAAAAUGGAGAUGAUAGAACAAAAGGCUUCUCAGAAUAUGGAAGGAAUUGUAACGUUACAUAGGUUUGGUGACUUUGUAGAUGUUAGUGAAGGCCCUCAUAUUCCAAGGACAAGUUUCUGUUUCCAGUAUGAGAUAACAGCAGCUCAUAAUCUUCAGACUAACCAAUCUGAAUUGAUAAGGAGGUUCCAGGGUGUGUCCCUGCCAAUCCAUCUGAAGGCUCACCACACCGUGUGGCACAAACUGCUGGAAAGAUCGAAGAGGCUGGUCACUGAAGAAAAAUAUUUGGAAGCAGCAGCAGAAUGUCAUGAGGCAAAAGAUGGGACUGAAGAAGGAAAAACUGUAUCAAUUUAAAUUAACUUUAACCUCUAAAUGUACAUAAUAAAAUGUGU